AAACGGCAGUCCGAGGACAUUUCUGAGUGGUUUCGCUACCGAGUUAGCAGCAGUUUUUAUGUCACCAUGGCCGAGGAGCCGGUCGCUGAGAAAAGCCACACUGGAGGAAUCCUUAAGGACAACUGGGUGGAGGAGAGAGCAGUGGCUGCUCUCAACAUCGACGACAAGAAGAAGAGCGUCCGGUUGGAAGGGCACGAGGGGCUCAUCACCAUAAAUCGAGGGUGUAAAAUGGAUACUUUAUCUCUGUUCACUGCUUCUUACAUCCCUCUGCGGGGUUCAGGAGUGAGGGUCAAAGGCGUCAGGAAGGAGCUGCUGGAGAAACAUUUAUCCCAGAUGAUGCGAGAGAAGGUUCUGGCCGAGAUAAAGCCGGAACCGGUGGACCUGGUACCGGACUACAGGACCACACAUCAGAGGCAUUUCUGCGCUCCAGGAUUCGUCCCCAGCAGACCGAAACCGUCGACGGAUCAUGAUUACAGAAACGAGGAGGCCAUCACGUUCUGGAGCGACAACUACCAGAGGAUCCAGCGUGUGUCGAACCCAAACGUUCCUUUCAAGAGGUCGUCUCUGUUCAGCACCAGGAUCCCGGACCGGCUGGAUGACGAGGAGCCCUGAGGCCUGAGCUCCUGCUGCAGUUCCUCACCUGUCCACCAGGUGCUCCAAGAGCCAAUAAAGCCCGUCUGGUUUUGGUUUAUUUUUCCUAUCAGCUGCAGCCUCAUUAAACUCGAACAAAAACUGGAAAAUACACACGACUAAAAAAAAAACACAGGAUCGCAGCAGAACUUUGACUUUUUCCAUUUUAUUUUGUUACAAACCAGAACAAAAACAAAACAAACAAAUAUAAUUUUUUUUAGGUAGCAAUAUUUUUGUCAGUUGUUUUUUGUUUCUAUUUCUGUGAUUGCUGUAUUUUUUGUUUCCAGUAUUUUUCUGCGUUUAGCCGUUUGAACUCGUCAGCCACCGUAGAAUCAAUUAUUUCAAGUCAAUUAUUACAUUUUACUUGAGAAAACUUCAUAAUUUAGGCUGUAGAUCAGCGGCUUGGUGAUUCUGAUGAUGUUAUGAAAAGGCCUUUCUACUGCGCAGAUCUUGUCAGGUUUAAUAAAGUUUUAGUUUAGA